UUAUCGACAGAGCGGAUAGUGCGAAUGGGAUGGCAACGGACGGAUUGUAAGAACUUUAGUAUUUCGUGCGGGAAUCGAUAUACGGUCGGGUCAUGGCGUAUGUCAAUGUAGCCGAGUGGAAAACAGACCAAGUGUGCGAAUGGCUGAAAGGUUUAGAUAGUUCCAUAUUGCCCUAUGUCCAUAGUUUUAUGAAUCAUAGUAUUAACGGGCAACAAUUAUUGAGUUUACGAUCAGAAGAUUUAGAACAUUUGGGCGUAUUGAAACUUGGACAUCAAGAAAUUAUUCUUGAAGCUGUGGAGUAUCUAAGAAAUUUUCAUUUUGAGUUGGAUAGAGAAAAUUUGCAGCUAUUGGCAUUGCGACUUUCAUGCCAGGCACACAGUUUGCAUAAUGAAUUGUCUCGUCAAACUGAUUCAAAACCUGUUACCACUCAAACAUUGUCAGAUGUGGCAUCAGUUGUGAUGGCAGUUAAACCUCUUGUGAGAUGGCUAGAUCGCUCUCCCUUUAGUGGACAAUUAGAAUAUAAUGACAAGAAGGCUGAAUUAAUGAAACUAUCUUUAGAAAUGGCUACGUGUGCACAAAGGGAUAGAUUUGCUGAGAAGCCAAUCGAAGAAAUUAGAACGACUUGUGGUCAAUUGGCAAGAUUGGCGGAUUAUAUUAUUCAAGAUAUUGCUGAUCCUAUGAUUCUACAGCCUGCUAGUUUAGAUCUAGCAACAUUAAAAAAAAAAUCUGGCGAUGAUUUGGGUUUUUAUAUUUUACCAUCUUUUCACGGAGCACAUCAGAUAGCUGAAAUUAAGUUUGGAUCUGCUGCACAUCAGUGUGGCAAAAUGGAAGAAGGAGAUGAGAUAGUUCAGGUAAAUUAUCAAACGGUAGUUGGUUGGGAGAGGAAGAAUUUGCUUGAAUUAUUUCGUGAAAGCCCAGCAGAAAUCCUCUUGACUCUAAAACGUAGACCAAGGCAUACUAAAGUUUACGGGCAAAUUUACAUAAAACCAUAUAGACUUCCAAGUAACAAAAAAACUUCCUAUACAACACGAUGGCAACAUAAUCUCCCAUCCCCUAGACCAGAAUUAUUAACAAUACCUGAUUUUACAAUGCCGUUACCUAGACAUAUGCCAAAGAAUCCCAGCCCAGAACCAGCAAGUAUUUUAGAUACAGUUAACAUGUUAGACACGAUGACUACGGAUAGUAGCGAUUCGGACAGCGAAGUGGAACCACCUCUUUCGAUCCGUCUGUAUUCCACAAAACCGAGAAACUUGGUCCAAAGACGAGCUACAAUAACAGGUGCCAGUCCCACAACCAAACAUGGUAUCGAUAUCGAACAGUUUUGGAAGGAAUUGAAGCAAGAGCACAGUACGAGCUUCCAGUUGCGUGACAAAGCGGCAUCUUGCGCUCACGGUUUGGAUAAUGUACCAAUAAAUAUACGACCGCAGACAUGUUUAGGAUUAGAAUCGGCGAAAAGAAGGAAGAAGACUGAUGAGCAAGCGGAUGAUAAAAAGGUACAGUUUACGGAAAAAUUGACUGACGCUGAAGGUACUCAUCUAGAUGAUGCGAAAAGAAUGCUUUACGACGCAAAAGAAAGGAUUACUUCCAUGCAGAGCUGCAAUGAUGGCAGUGCUGUUAGUAAAGAUACCAUUAGAGAGCACUUGCAAGCAUUCACGGAUAAUGUCGGCAAUAGCAAUAAUUUAAAUAAUACAACUGUGCCUUUGGAUGAAUGUAAUAAUUUUAUUAGCGAUACAUGUAGCAUUAGUAAAAACGCGCCGGGAGACAAAGAAAGCGAAAUGCGUUAUGUUAAAGAACGCGGUAAAUUGGACAAAAGUUACAGUACGCCCGCGUACGAUCUAUCAGAUGCCGAGAAUAAGGAAGAUAGGAAGUUAGCACUUUUUCAAGGUCCAUUUUGUAAAUUAGAUUUACCUGUCCAUUGUUCCAAUAAUGUAUCAAGCAGUAAUUUAACAAAGACUGAUGUUCGUAUGUUUACCGAGAGUGCCGAUCACAGAAAACCGAAAGAUGCGAGCAAGGAGGACAAAGAAGCAUCCACCAAGAGAUGCGGCGGUAAUGUUGCUCAAAAAGUCAGCAACAUCGAGAAACAGAUUGCGCAUGAGAAUGCGGACGAACCAGUACGUGUCUUUGGAGUGCCUAAGGAAUUAGACUCGCAUAAAAGUACCGUACGCAUUACAAUAAAUGACACAAAUCUUAGGAAUAGCGUAGAGGAGAAAAACCAAAGUGAUAUUGAAUGUAAUAUAUCGGAUAUAAGUACAUGUAACAAAAAGUUAAGUGCUAAGUGCGUUUGUUCCAAAAAUUCGGCAUGCAAUUGUCAGGAAAAUACUGAUUGUAGUAACUCGGAAAUGUUAAACGACGAAGGAAUAUGUAAUAAUAAUAGCAACAGCACUGAAAGAGACGAAAUGUCGCAAAAGUGCGGGAAAAUUUUGCAAACGGUCGAUUGUGCUUCACCUCAGCAUACAAAACUGCUUGAAAAGAAGUCUUCCGUGGUAUCAAGAGAGAAUUCUAUCGAGGCAAAGAUACCGUCGAGCAAUAACGCCAAUUUCGUUGAAGAUAACUUGCCGAAUGUUAUUCAUAAUGUCUCAAAAAUACAGAUUAACACAACGUCGCAAGCUAAGGAGAUAAAAUCCACAGACUCGCCUUUGGCGCACGCCACGGUACAAUCUUGCCGCUACAUAGAAUUACCAAAGGUCGAGUCUGUUAGGAAAUACGAAAAUAAAUCGCAUAUAACACCGCCAGAACCGCCGCCUCGAAAAUAUUACACGAAACAAGCGGUACCCGACUUAAAAUUAAACAGUACUUCAAAAAUUCCAGAGGAGUUAGAAAAACCUCAGGUUCCGGAAAGACCCAGCUUAAGACGAGAAUUUAAAAAAGCAGAUUUAAAUUUACCUACGAAUCACGUUAGAAACAAUUCAGAUUAUCAAGACAGAAAGGAUCUCUCUGACGUGGGUGCACUUAAUUACCCAGAGCAUUCAAUGGAUUUUAUUGAUGAAUCACCAACUAUAAAUCUAAAUGAUACAAAGUUCACCCAGUCUGAAAUUUCAUUAUAUAAUGAAAAUUAUGACAGAUCCAGAGAAGAAAAAUAUUCGUUUGAAAAGUAUGAGCCAUUUGUCGAAAAGUUUGCUUGCUCUAGUCAAUCUUUAGCAGACUGUUGUAAAUCUGAUCAUUCUCCUCGCAAUGUCGAGUGUCCUGACGGUGUAAUGCAUUCGAAACAACUGGCAUCAUUCGAUCUAAAACCAAAAUUAUCAGAAAAGGAUAAGAGCUUUGAAAAAAGUGUCGUUAAUAGAGCUAUGAUGGUAGCGAGAAGUAUUGGCUUGCACGGCACUUUGAGCAAAUCCAACAGCAGCCCGAGAAGCAGUAGAAAGCGAAAUAUGUUACUAGCAAAAAGGAGAAAUGUGUCUGUAAAAGACAUCGGUGUCAGUGAUUUAGAAGGAUGGUUGACAUAUCGUAGCAGGGGAGCAGGCGGCGCAUGGGCGAAGGCCUGGUUUGUGUUAAAGUGUUCAUCGCUGUACAGGUUUAAAACUCAAGACAGUAUAAAAGCUGACUGUUUGAUCGUAUUAACGGCUUUUACCGUGUCGCCAGCUGCCGAAGUAAAAUCGAGGAAGUAUGCUUUCAAAGUAUAUCACACAGGGACAGUGUUUUAUUUUGCCGCCGAUACUGAGGACUACUUGAUUUUGUGGUUGGAUGCGAUCAAUAAAGGCACUUUAGGCGCGGAUACCCACAAUCAAAGCAUCGGGCUUUUUAGCGAAACCGACGAGAGCGACAGCGAGAGUAGUCACAAGAGCAAAACUAAAUGCACACCCGAAUCCAAAGCAAAUGUGGAAAAGUCAUUUAAUUCUUUGAAAAAGGUACGCAAGGAUGUCGGAGCAUUUAAGGAUCACGAGAUUGGUGGUGCAAGUUUGGAUCGAAAGUAUUUGAAGUUUCUCGGCACCAGAAAUCAGAAUAUUCCUGUUCCAACGGCGCAAUUUCGAAGUUACAGAAGAGUGCUUCCCUCAUCAACGCCGAACAAGAAAGAAGAUUCUAAUGCAGAAUCUCCGGACUUGCAAAUGACAAUUGCAGGUAGUACAUUUUAUGGAUUAAGCGCCUCGCAGAGUGCUACGGACAUGUCAAGCACGUUGAGCAGCCAAGAUAUGGGAGAUUACCGGAGUGCUACAGAUAGACCUAUCGGUAGCCGUAGCAGAAGACUGGAUGACUUGCAAGGUUUCAUCACGUUGGAAGAAUUUAUGCUGGCGCAACAAGACGAAGAUCAGCGGCAAAAUAUGAUAAACAGAUCGUUGUCUUCGCGUGUGACGCCUCUGACCAGUGAUCAUGUGCAUGUGCAACAUAGGAAUCUGAAUGAUAACGAUACGAUAUAUAACGAGCAAGUUAGACUAUUGGGUGACGCAUCCUCGAGAAAGGACAUGGGUAUUUAUGGCAGGACUACAGACGAAGCAUCAAACAAUAAUGCUAUGUAUACUCAUUCAAGGAAUGCAAAUACACAUGCGCAUGUACCGCGUCAAUUCAGCGGGGAUGGUCUUGUCACUAGCCGGUUUGAAAGCAAAGGGAAAGAUUGCGUAAAUGAUAAAUCUUAUAACAAGUGUGUGACAGUGGGCGCCCAGAAAAAGCUCUGGGAUGCUUCCGGUUCCGCAGAGAAGAGACAAGCUCAUGAGCUCACGAAUACUCAGCAGGCAAAGCACGGCGAUUCGAUUCAUUGGAGAAACGUGACGAGUUUAGACAAGCAGGAUUCUCCAAGCUAUAGUAGAUACUAUGAGCAUGACGCAUGUGUACAAUCUUCUAAUUACGAUAGCUACAAGACGCAUGAUUAUCUUACAAAUGAUUAUCUUACUUCGAGGGAGGUUGAUACUCUAAUAGAGGAAUUCAAGACGAUGCCAAAGCGGCUUGUUAGAAAUGAAGGUUAUCCUGGAUCCAGUGGUGAUCUCGCAAGUUACGUAUCUUCCGAGGCACAACAACGUAAUGCAAAAAAAGAUGUAUCGGUUAGUCGAAAAGGGAGUUUUAAUCUCACUAAUCGUCACGAUUACAAUUCUUCCGAUAAGAACUGGCUGGAUUCGUUGAGACGUGGCGAUAAGAAAGGCUCGAGCUGUGAUAAAAACCGUUUAAAAAACGUCGCGCAGUACCAACCACCACCCAUACCAUCGUCACCCUUUGAACAAGAAGGCAUGAGAGCUGCGUUCGAAAUGCACUUAGAUAAGAGCGAACAGGUGCAGAAAGGGAGCCGCCUGAAAAGUCUAUUCGGUAGUAAACAGAAACCAUGCACAUUGGAUCUUCCUAAAGAUACCCAAAAGACUAUACUAGGUUCGCCAAGGUUGCACAGAGCGCUUUUCCGUGACAAAUGUUGCUUGAAUCAAUCGCAGCACCGAUUGUCCACGCGUUCCAGCAGUCAAAGUCCCGGUGAUAGCGGUAUCAGCCAGUCUCACAGUUCUUUCAGCGGCAAUAGCCCCUCUCAACAGACGCUCAGUCAAAGUUUCAGCUCGGUCAGUUCUGUCAGUGAUUGUAGUCCUGAUGCAUUGACACCCUCUAACAUAUCAAAGUACGGCAGCGGAUACUCAUCUGGUCACAAGGGUUUUUCCAAUCCUAGCAGGAGCACAUUGGCACCUCCAACGUUACCAUACAUACCACCGCCAACGUCUCCGCCACCUGAUUACCCUGGCUUAGAAUACCCGCCUGUAUUCGAACCUGGCACUUACUCUCUUUCAGAUGCAUCGUUGUUGCGUAAUCGCAAUAAGAAUAGUCAGAAUAUAGCCCAGUAACAAGGAA